UCCUUCCUAGAAAUUUCAAGUUCAGCAAUAGAUCUCUUUGUACUGGUUUCUUAAGAGUCCUCAUUCAGCUAAAAUGAUCAAUGCAAAAAGGCUCAUUGAAUUGGCAAGGAAGUGGCAGAAAAUGGCUGCAAUCAAGCGUAGGAGAAUCUCAUUUCCAAAACAGAACACGGAUGCAGAUCCAGCAGCCACCAGUGGUAAAGGCCAUUUCGCUGUUUACACCACUGAUAAGAAGCGAUUUGUGGUUCCCUUGAAAUAUCUCAAUACAAAUCUCUUCAGAGAGCUCCUGAAAAUGUCUGAGGAAGAGUUUGGAAUUCCAGCUGAUGGACCGAUCACUUUGCCUUGCGAUAGCACCUUCUUGGAGUAUAUCACGCCUUUCACUCAAGGAUGUGUGCCUGAAGAUCUAGAGAAAGCAUUGCUCACCACCCUGACAACAUGUCAUUGCUCAGCACCUUCUCUAGGACAGAGUCACCAAGAAGCCCUUAUUUGUGGCUAUUGAACUAAUCAUGAUGAAUUCUUCUAGUCUUGUUGUAUGCAAGUCACAGUUUUGACACCUGCAAUCUGAGUACUUGAUUUUCUGUUCUGUGAAUAUGAAUGAGCAACUUAUUUUGAUUUUCUA